UAUGUCUGGAUUCCUGCGUUCGGAGCGUUCAUCUGGUUCGGGACGCUACUUUCCAUGAUAUUGACGUGGGUGGGCCAGGGCCGGCCGAUCUAUAUUUCCGAGGACGGCACGAUACCGUACAUCUCAGACAUCGGAGCAGACAUUUUGAAACCGCUCUUCGUAGCAGGAUGCAGCGUCACAGCAAUCUCGUUUAUCCUCUCGCUCAGCAUUGAGCGACUGCUACGACACACGGGCAGGCUGCACCCUGACAUGCGAAAACGCGAGUUCGCGUUUUCCUACCUCGCGAUCCUCGGCUCCGUCAUCGGCGGCGCGGGACUCAUCUUGCUCUCUUGUUUUGACACCAAGCGCCAUCCCUCGCUACAUCGAGUGUUUCUGCUCGUAUUCAUAGUUGGCGUCGCGCUCAGCGCUCUGUUCACUAUCGCCGAGUAUCGAUGGUUGAGUAAGGGUUGUGCCGAUGAGAGAGAACUGAAGAUUGCCUACAGCGCGAAAGCCAUAAUUGCCCUUAUUCUCAUCGCAUUAGCCAUCGCAUUCGGGAUAACGCUCUUCAAGAAUACGAAUGUUGGCGGUAUCCUAGAGUGGAUCAUCGCCUUCGGCUACACCUUUUACCUGCUAUCGUUCGUCUACGAUCUC